UUGGCUGCGCUACGGGGUGGGCGGGCUAGGUCGACAGUGGCUGCAGGUCUUUUAGACGAGGCUCCGAGACAGCGGCUUGCCGCGGCCUCGCCCUCCCUCCCCGCUGUAACCGAGUCCACGGGCUGCAGAUGGGAGACCAGGACACCAACGAUGCGGGCGGCCCGGGUCCAGGAGCCGGCGCGGGAGCUCUUCCGGGACGCCGCAUUCCCCGCCUCGGAGUCCUCGCUGUUCUUCAAUUUGUCCACGCCGCUGGCCCAGUUUCGGGAGGACAUCACAUGGAGGCGGCCCCAGGAAAUUUGUACGGCGCCCAGGCUGUUUCCAGAUAACCAACGGGAAGGACAGGUGAAACAAGGGCUGCUGGGUGACUGCUGGUUCCUGUGUGCCUGCGCUGCCCUGCAGAAGAGUCGGCACCUCUUAGACCGGGUCUUCCCUCCAGGACAGCCAAGUUGGUCCGAUCAGACGUACCGUGGCCUCUUCAUCUGUCGGAUCUGGCAGUUUGGACACUGGGAGGAGGUGACCAUAGAUGACCGUCUGCCUUGUCUUGCAGGGAGACUCUGCUUCUCCCGGUGCCAGAGAGAGGAUGUGUUCUGGCUUCCCUUACUGGAAAAGGUCUAUGCCAAGGUACAUGGGUCCUACGAACACCUGUGGGCAGGACAGGUGGCCGACGCUCUGGUGGACCUCACUGGGGGCCUGGCAGAAAGGUGGAACCUGAAGGACCUGGCCGGAACCAGUGGACGGCAGGACAGGCCUGUGAGCAGUCAGGAGCUCAGGACCUGUCGGCAGAUGCUGCGCCUGAAAGACCGGUGUCUGAUCAGCUGCUCAGUACUCAGCCCCAGAGCAGGUGCCAGUGUGCUGGGGGAGUUCCACGCCUUCAUUGUCUCUGACCUGCAGGAGCUUCAGGGUCGGGCCGGUCGGGCCAUCCUCCUGCUGCGCAUUCUGAACCCCUGGGGCCGGCAGUGCUGGCAGGGACUCUGGCGAGAAGGCUGUCAGAUGCUGCCAGCUUUCGGAGAGGCUUUCAGUGCAUGGCCCUGCACUGAGGUUCCUUGCAGGGGUGAAGGGUGGAGCCAGCUGGAGCCCACAGACAAGACCAGGCUCCUGUCCCAGCUCCAGGACGGGGAGUUCUGGGUGGAGGAGGAGGAGUUCCUCAGGGAGUUCGAUGAGGUCACGAUCAGCUACCCCUUCACGGAGGCCGGCCACCUGCAGAGCCUCUACACAGAGAAGACACUGUGCCACGCACAGACCCUGCCUGGCGCCUGGGUCGAGGGGCAGUCAGCGGGAGGCUGCCGGAACAACAGCUGCUUUCCCUCCAACCCCAAGUUCUGGCUGUGGCUGUCGGAACCCAGUGAGGUGUGCGUGGCCGUCCUGCAGAGACCGCAGAGGUGCCUGGCAGGCCAGGCCCGGGUGCUGGGGGGUCACGGUCGUGCCCCUGCCUGUCCCCCAGACAAGGACUACCAGGCUGUGGGCCUACACAUCUGGAAGGUGGAGAAGCGACGGGUCAGCCUGCCCAGGGUCCUAUCUGCUCCACCAGUGGCUGGCACUGUGUGCCAUGCCUAUGAUCGAGAGGUGCACCUGCGCUGUGAGCUGUCCCCAGGCCACUAUCUGGCCGUUCCCAGCACCUUCCUGAAGGACGUAUCAGCACAGUUCCUGCUUCGGGUCUUCUCCACUGGGAAAAUGUCCCUCAGCAGUGCUGAGAGACCUGCGGCCAAGAGCACUGGCCCCAGAACAACCCUUCCUGCUGGGGAGGUGGAGACCGUGCAGUUGCGCGGCUGCUGGAAGGCUGGCCAGACUGCAGGGGGCAGCAGGAACUUCGCCUCCUAUACCCGAAACCCCUGCCUCCCUUUCCUGGUCCCCGAGGGCGCUGGUCCCCGCCGAGUGCGCAUCACCCUGCAGCAGCACUGCCAGCUUGGUGACAGCCAGCUUCACCCCAUUGGCUUCCACGUCUUCCAGGCAGGCUCCGCAGCAGCAGGGCUGUGGGAGGUCCCAGAGGGUGGCGAGAGUCAGGACAUGAGGUCGCUGCUGCUCCAGGAGCCGCUGCUGAGCUGCGUGCCGCACCGCUAUGCCCAGGAGGUGAGCCGGCUCUGCCUGCUGGCCGCUGGCACCUAUAAGGUUGUGCCCUCUACCUACCUGCCUGAUGCAGAAGGUGCCUUCACAGUUACCAUCGCCACCAGAGUAGACAGGCGCUCCAUCCACAGCCAGGAGGUGCUGGGCCACUUCCUCCAGGAGGUCUCCGUUAUGGCGGUGAUGAAAGCCUGACGACGCCAUGUGCCAGCCCGGUGGCCGGGGCAGCCAUCUUAGGUCCCAUGGCACUUGGUUCUGAGCCCAGCCCUCGGCUCUGUGGAGUGGCUAGUGACUGGGGCCAAGUGAGGGCCCUUCCUGCAGAGGUGUGACUCUGGGGUCAAGCAGGUACUACUCGAGGGCAAGGGCUCCAGGUAGCAGUACUGCCCGCUGCCCAAGACCAGCCAGACACAGAGCCCCUGGCCUGGUGCUCAAGGCUUCCAGAGCCUGCCCACCAUGGCCUCCAUUGCCUGCAGACAGAGGCUGUAACCGGGCAGGAACAGGUUGUGGCAGAUACUGUUUUAAACUAUUUAUUACUUAAAAUAUUUCCAGGAUGUGACUAUAAAUAAAUUAUGAGCAGUUUA